CGGAACUUACGAAGGAUGCACGAACCUGCGCAGUAACGUAACUGUUCGGGGGUUGCAAUGAGUACAUCUGCAAGGGGCGCGUGUUGUUACUGGGGGUAUCAGUCACGGCUCAUCUGCCUACCAACAACCACAUCCAUGGCAACAUUCCAAUAGUGAUCAAUUGUAGCUCAAUAACCCAAUCAGCCAUAUAAGGAUGCAGAUUAAAAAAAUUCAACAAUCACCAUUAAUGUAGUUGUGUUAUAAUCAAAAAUAUUUAUCGCGGCGUUUUUAAAAAAAAGUUUAAUAUUUAAAAAUAAUAAUUUAUUGGUAAAGAAAUAAAUUAGUGACAAAUGUUUCCAGUGAGCGAAAAACAAAAUAAAAAAAUAUUUAUCAAAAAAUUGUAUAACUCCGGCCAAUUUACAACGGUCAAUCCAAUUAAUUUGAAUAGUACUAAUAAUUGUAUUAAUAAUAUUAAUAACGUGGAAUUGAAAUUUGAAAUAAUUUUAAUGAGUAAAUUCUAUCAAACAAUGCUUAGUUAUCUCGCUGAUAUUCCUUGCGUAAGAAAAUGCGUAUAAUAUUUGUAUAGGUAUUAGAGGUAUCAUUAGUGUUCAAUUUAAAUAAUCACACGGUUUGUCUAUAACAGCGCAACCUCAUUCUAAAUUAACGAAUCAUAAUCAUAUUUAAUAAUUACUAAAGUGAUAAUAAUAUUCAAUUGUUGAUGUGUUAACGAAUUAAAUAUAAUUACACGUAUGAAUAUUUGUCGAUAAUUAUAAAUAAUAGCAAUAUCAUUAAAUUUGUAGUUAUUGUUUUUAAUGAUUUGUUGGUUUUAAGAAUUUGAUCAUUUUUAAGCGACGGUUUGAAAAUUUAAUUGUUAUUGAGACGGUUUGUCAGUUAAUUUUAUAAAUUUAUUUGGUAAUUAAAUAUCGGAGCAAGUGUUUGAUAAAAUAAAAGCAAGAUGGCUUUCGCCGCGGCACGUAUGAUCCUCAAAGACAAACGACGAAAAGCAAGCAAAGAAGAUUUUGCACCCAGAGCUAGGAGCAAGGCUCGCAGCGCCAGUACAAGUAGCUUUAGAAGCCUGAGUCAGGCUCGUAAUAAACCAGCAGAUGGAACAGGACAUGUUAAUCAAAAAGGAACUAGCGGACAAAAAGCUCCUUUAACUGGAGGUCAAAAGGGUACGCCGUCGAAAGGAUCUGGUAAACCAGCUCAGAAACCAAGCGCACAAAAGGGACAAGUUAAAGUAACACCAAAAGCGGCUUGCGUUAAGACCGGUAAAAAUAAAAAAAAGGGACAACGACAGCAGUACGAUUUGAUUGUCACCAUUAAUUUAUCGGAAUAUGGACUCACGGAGGAUCAAGUUGCCGAAUUUAAAGAAGCGUUUAUGCUAUUUGAUAAAGAUGAGGACGGCACGAUUACCAUGGCUGAGCUUGGUGUCGUUAUGCGGUCACUGGGACAAAGACCAUCAGAAACGGAACUACGAGAUAUGGUGAAUGAAGUUGAUCAAGAUGGAAAUGGUACUAUUGAAUUUAAUGAAUUCCUACAGAUGAUGUCGAAAAAAAUGAAAGGUGCUGACGGUGAAGCUGAAUUACGAGAAGCGUUUAGAGUUUUUGAUAAGAACAAUGAUGGUUUGAUUUCCUCAAUGGAGCUACGACAUGUAAUGACGAAUUUAGGUGAAAAACUAUCCGAGGAAGAAGUUGAUGAUAUGAUUAAAGAAGCUGAUUUAAAUGGAGAUGGAAUGGUUAAUUAUGAAGAAUUUGUAACAAUCCUGACGGCUAAGAACUAGUUUGUGUAAAAACAAACCGGAGGACAAAAAAAUUCAACAAAACUAUGAACUACUGCGACUACAACUUCUCGAUGAGGACUUUUAGAACCUUAUAUAUUUCUGGUGAAAAUUUUUAGUUGGUUAAUAAAGAUAAAACAAAAGUCGGCUAAACUGAAAUUCUUAAAAGAUUAAGUUUCGAAUGAAGGAUAUUGAGGUCACAGAGAAGCAAAAAGUAUAAGAGAAAUAUAUAAUAAACUCAAAGAAUGAACGAAAAGUUUCUUCAUAACAAUAUUCAGACUAUCAAAAAUCAUUAAAAAAGUUAAAAUUUCACGACGAUUGUAAUGUUCACAACUACGUCGGCGGGUUCCUAUACUACUGUUAAUGCUGGUCUACUGCACAGCUGCUAAUUGCGUCGUCAAAACUAUUUAUACUUUAAUUUAAAAUUAAUCUGUUGUUAGAUUAAGAUCGAGGAAAAUACUAAAGUACUUUAUAGAGAGAGAAAAAAACGAGGAGAGACGAGAAAGAAGUUAAGAUGCAUCAAAAAACAAUCAACUGAGAGCUUUGAUUAACAUACAUUAUAUUAAAUAUAUGUAUGUUUCUAUAUACUGUUUAAAAAUUUAAAAAAAAUUCCACAGACUCAAAUUAAACAAAUAAACAAACAAACAACAAACGGCUUUAAAUUAUUGAAGAAAGUCUUUAAUACAAAUUAAAUGUUUAUUUGCUACAUCAAACAGCCAUAUAUUGAUAAAUAAAAAAAAACAACUUUAUGAUAAGUUAAAUUUCGCUCAACUAAAUAAAAUAAAAAUAUAAAAUUGCCAAUAUUGUUCGGAUUUGAAUGAAAAUAAUUUAAUAACGUAAAUUAUUUAAUCGUACGAUGGAAUUAAUUUUAAUUAAUCAUACGAAGGAAUUUAAAUAAAUUAUUUUAAAAGAAAAUAAAUAAAACGUUGCAACGUUACUGAACUGAAACCGUACAAUAUAGAUGAUUCCAUUUUAUUUAUAUUUUUUUUUUAACAUAUUUUUUUAAUAGCUAAUUAUUUAAUUGAUACUCGACAAAAAUCAUUUAAACUCAGAUAAAUUUAAUUUUGAAAUUCGAAUUUUAUUAGUCACGGUAAUAAAAAUAAUAAAUAAAAUAGUAAACAUUUGGACGUUAAGUAACUUCGUCAUUGUCUUUCUCUACAAUUACACCCGCUAGUAAAUAUCGCACCUAUAAUUAUACACACUAAGAACCUUAAAAAUUUCCGAGUCGAAAUUUAAAUCGUAGAUUGAACGUACAAGACGUCGAAAACGUAAAUUCAACCUUUGAAGACGUAAGUAGUCGUAACACGUAUUUUAGACGUAGUUGACGUACGAAAACGUAAACAAGACUUGCGUAAUCGUAAAUCGUAGAUACAACCUUUCAAAACUGGCAAUAAAACAAUUAAACUAUACCGGAAACAUUGUUGUCUACAAGCUUCUAGGUAGACUGUAAGACCCAAAAAAGCUCGAGAAACUGGGCAUCAGUAGAGUUAUCUCCUGCAAGGCCCGAAAUAUUUUUCUACACCUGCUAGAAAUUUUUACUUCUUGUCUUCUAGCUACUAGCAGUGGUGGAUUUACACUAGGGGCAGUCGGGGCAAGUGCCCAGGGCGGCAAAAUUUUGAAAAAUAAAAUAUAUGAACUAUAAGUUUAAGUAAAAUUCCAGUAUUAGGGUGGAUUUUUUUCCGGUGCCCUGGGGCGGCAUUAAGUUUAAAUCCGGCCCUGGCUUCUAGACAUGUCUUCUGACAAUGAAAUGUUUCCGAUAUAAUUUAAUUGUUUUGUUGCGUUGAAAGGUUGUAUCUUAAUCUACGAUUUACGAUUACACAAAUCUUAUUUACGUUUUCGUACGUCAACUACGUCGAAGUUUUAGUUUUACGACUAUUUACAUCUUCAGAGGUUGAAUUUACGUUUCCAACGUCUUGUACGUUCAAUCUACGAUUUAAAUUUUGACGGGGUUUAAAUUAAAAAAUUAAUAAGUAAACAUAAUAAAUGAUCCAAUAGACACUAGAUUAAAUAUUUCCCGCGUAUUGCGAUGUAGAAAAAUAACGCGUGGAAUUAAAUGUAGUUAUAUAAGUGAUGUUGCUAUUAGAACAUAUUUCCAUUGUUUGAUAUUAAAAAAAAAUUAUAAGAAAAAUUAUAAAAGCAAAUAUGUAAAAGUAUACACGGAAAAACCGUACCCUUUAUCAAGAAAAAUAAAAAAAUAAAAUGACAAGCGAGAGGCCGAGAAGAAAUUAUCACAUAUUAUUUGUAAGAUCAUAUUGUGUUAAGGGGUUAGGGGUACUCAGGGGUAUGAAAAAAUGAUGAUUUUCAAUAAUUUUUUUUUUGUAGUUAAUUACUUUAUUUGACAAAAAUAAAAACAUAGCUUUAUUAGAACACGUUUCGAUUUGACUUCACGAAAAUUUCAAAAAAAAAAAUUAAUAAUUCAAAAAGUUAUCGCUGUUUUUGUAGAGCCCGUUCCUCCCGAAGUCCUUUGCGGUGAUCAUCAUAAGUCCUUGGAGAUUCAUCUAAAAUCAAUCGGACAAGAAAAAUUAGUUUUAUUAAUAGAUAAUCUUGUGCCUGAUCGAAGCUUUUUUUUUUUUUUUCGAAAUUAACAAAAUGGCGGCCUCAGGAAAUUUUUUUCAAAUUUUCGAGAAAAAAACCGACAGUUUAUUGUUAAAAAAAAAUCGAAAUUUUUGAAAAAAAAAAAAAUCCUUCGAUCAGGCACGAGUUUUUAAUGUAUUUCAAAAGUACAAUAAAUUUUAUUGAAAUCUA